GCAGGGGGGGGAAACGGGAGGCGGGCGGUGGCGGCGCGCAGCCGGCAGCAGCCCCCGCUCGUCGGCCGGCGGGGAGAGAAAGGAGAGGAAGAAGCAGAACCGCUCGGGAGAGCCCGAGGAGCCGCCGCGGCGGCAGCAGCAGCCCCCGGCGUCCCCUGAGCGGAGACCGUGAGAGCGAAGGAUGAAGAUGGUGGGUGCCCUGCUGAUGACGCUCUGGCUGUGCACGGUCGCCCUCGGCAGCGGCUCUGAACGCUGUGAUGACUGGGGUGUGGACACCAUGAAGCAGAUCCAGAUUUACGAUGGGGAGCCUGCCAAGAUCAAAUGCCCGCUUUUCGAGACCUUCUUGAAGUACAACUACAGCACAGCCCAUUCUGCUGGCUUAACCCUCAUCUGGUACAGGAUCGGGCAGGACCGGGAUCUGGAGGAGCCCAUUAAUUUUCGUCUCCCUGACAAUCACAUCAGUAAGGAGAAAGACACCCUUUGGUUCUGGCCUGCUCUUCUCAAUGACACUGGGAAUUAUACCUGCAUGCUCAGAAAUACAACCUACUGCAGCAAAGUUGCGUUUCCCUUGGAGGUUGUUCCAAAAGACCAACACUCUUGUGUGAGCCAUUCAAUGAAACCUGUUGAGGAGAUGUUCUAUUUGGAGCAUGCCAAUGAGAAGAUCGUAUGUCCAGAUAUCGAUGGAUUUUACCCUGCUAGUGUAACACCAACCAUCAAGUGGUACUUGGACUGCAACUUGAUCAAUGGCUUCUAUGAGCGGUACCCCCAAGGGCCCAGGCUUGUCAUCGGCAUUGUCCGCAGUGCGUAUAAAGGGAAUUACACCUGUAUUGUGACAUUCAAGGACCAUGGAAGAACCUAUAAUCUCACCAGAACCAUAAAGAUGAAGGUGGUGGGAUCUCCUAACAAGGCCUUGCCACCACAGUUCACCUCUCCAAAUGAGAAAGUUGUCUAUGAAGUGGAAGCAGGAGAUGACCUUGUUCUGUCCUGUGAGGUCUUCUUCACCUUCUUGAAGGACUCACGGACCGAGGUGUGGUGGACCAUCGAUGGGAAAAACACAGAUGACAUCAUGGACCCCAAGAUAAAAGUCACACAAAGUGAAAUUACUAGAGAUUUUGAAGACAAAACUGUCAUAAGGACUCUAACAGUUGCAAAAGCCACACCAGAGGACUUGAAACGGAAUUACACGUGCUAUGCCAGAAAUGCCAAAGGCGAGGACCGUAGCCAGGCCAUAGUGCGCAUGAAAGUUGUAGCACCGAAGUACACCGUGGAGCUGGCCUGUGGACUGGGAGCAACCAUCCUGCUCGUUGUGGUGCUGAUAGUCGUCUAUCAUGUUUAUUGGCUUGAAAUGGUCCUCUUCUAUCGGGCUCAUUUUGGAACAGAUGAAACCAUUCUAGAUGGGAAGGAGUACGAUGUGUACGUGUCUUACGCGCGCAACGCGGAGGAGGAGGAGUUUGUGCUGCUGACGCUGCGGGGAGUCUUGGAGAAUGAGUUUGGGUACAAGCUGUGUAUCUUCGACCGAGACAGCCUCCCUGGGGGGAUUGUCACAGACGAAACCCUGAGCUUCAUCCAGAAAAGCCGACGUCUACUUGUUGUACUGAGCCCCAACUACGUCUUGCAGGGGACACAGGCCCUGCUGGAGCUCAAGGCUGGUCUAGAGAAUAUGGCCUCCAAGGGCAACAUCAAAGUCAUUCUAGUGCAGUACAAAGCCAUCAAGAAGAGCAAAGUGAAGGAGCUGAAGCAGGCCAAGGCGGCCUUGACUGUCAUUAAAUGGAAAGGCGAGAAAUCCAAGUUCCCAAAGGGCAGGUUCUGGAAGCAGCUGCAGGUGGAAAUGCCAGUGAAAAAAAUCAGCAGGAGUUUGAGCCUCGACGGGCUCAUACGUAUCCCUGAAAAAUGUUUGACACCAUCAGAAAACAAAUCCCCCCAAAGCCACAAGUUAGGCCAAGGAGUAGGAAGGAACUCAGGGUUUUUGCCAUGAAGGACUGUGUCCUAAGCAUUUCAGUCGUGCCUCCCUGCAGCUUUUCUACUGCCCUGGCAGUAGAGAGACCAAAGAUGCAUACACCUCCUCUCUGCAAGUGCACAUCCUUAUCGUCGACCACACAAGCUCUGGGAUUGAGGUCUAUAAAUUUGGGCUAUCCAGGUGGGAAUGCAGCCAUCACCUUGUGAUGGUGUGUUAUUUGUAUAGGCCGGUACUCCUAGACCUAGGUGCUAUGGGACCUGUGUUAGCAUCCAGGACAGAGCUCCUUUCCUCUCCUAAGCGCCUUCCUCUGUCCUGGCCAUUGGUCCCUGUUGCAGAGACUGGGGAACAGUUUGAAAGGUGGUUCCAGUAUAGAGCCUUUCAUAUGUGUCCUCAUCCUGUGGGAUCACAGAUUUCUGCUUCACUGGGGGGAGCAUAGUCUCUUGAGGUUCCUCAUCUUUGCUCCCCACAUUUCUGUAGGAACAGGUACAUUCAGAUAGCUUGGCAAUGCGAAAUGGCUGGUACAAAAGCAUUUUUUAUUUUCUAUUUUUUAAAUUCUGCUAGGUGAUACUGUAUUGUAGCAUUUCUACUAAUAAGUGAUCGGUGUCUGGGACUCUGCAGUCUUCCGAGUACCCCAGAUCCUUCAGGGCUGUAAUGCUCAUAAUCCAGGGGAAAUCUCUCAUUUGUACAGGCCAUGGAGCAUGUCUGAGAGAUGCUUCUUUGUAGACUAAACUCAGGGACUUCACAAGCACUGCAAGGAACCCCAAUUUACUACUGAACCCACCUACUGUGUCUGUGCUGCUGGCUGGGGAAAAGCAUCAUGCAAGGUGCUGCCAAGGCCUCUGGGAUGACACUGGAUUUAUGUCCAGAUCCCCAGGAGACCCUACAAACUUAUUUGAACUUACUAAAAACUACUGGCUCUGUCCAGCUGGGUAAGACUGGGGGGAAAGGCUGGGAGAGAUGGGGUUGUUCAGCUUUUAGUAGGGCCUGUUGCAAUAGGACAACGGGGAAUGUUUUUAAACUAAAAGAGGGUAGAUUCAGACUAGAUUAAAGGAAGAAAUUUUUUACGAUGAGGGUGGUGAAACACUGGCCCAGGUUGCCCAGAGAGGUGGUAGAUGCCCCAUCCCUGGAAACAUUCAAGGUCAGGUUGGACGGGGCUCUGAGCAACCUGACCUAGUUGAAGGUGUCCCUGCUCAUUGCAGGGGGGUUGGACUAGAUGAUCUUUAAAGAUCCCUUCCAACCCAAAUUGUUCUAUGAUUUUAUGAAGGUGCAGUGUUCUCUGCCUGGCUAUGAACAACAUCACAUUUGUAAUUCAUGGCUCAGGUUUAAACUAGCCUUGGCUUUCCAAAGCAAGCCUGCACCCAUCAUGUUUCCAGCCCAGAGUUGCAGAACAGAGGAUGUAUCUCAGCUUCUGCAACCAUCGCGCAUAUUGGAAGUAUAAAAAACCACUGAGUACCAGUCCUUGCUUCAAUGGGAGGCAGCAGGCGCAGGGGAGGACCCUGGUGAGUUAACCCCCAAGUAGACAGGCUUUUCAGACUGAGAAGGGGAGUGUCCCUUCCCUUGUAGGACAGACCAAAGCACAGCGGGACCCUGGCAUUGAUUGGUACUGUUGUUCACAAUGUUUUCACGUGGAACUAGAAGCUCUGGGGGUGUGCCCAUGCUCCUGUAGCUCCCAGUGCAAGGGCCUGCCACUUAAUUGUGGAAUUCAGUAUUACGCACACUAAGUACGUGCUUCUUUUUUCUCGAUAAUGGUUGCUCCUGAGUCAGCUCUGACUCAUGCUUUCGCUCGGUUGGUGUCCAGCGGGCGAAGCAGAGCCAUUCAUAAUGGCGUUAAAAAAGCACUACAAUUUGGAGUCUAUGCACUAUUCGCCCAGCUGAGCGGGGAGGUUCGAGGGCGUCCCAGUAACCAGCCCAGCCUUAAAGGUGUGGGGAUGACUCCCGGCGCCGGCAAAGCCCCUGGCUCUUAGCAUCUUACGAUUAAUAAAUGUUAUUCCAGGGCAGCGGGGAGCCGCAGACACCCGUGCCAUUGGGCAGGUACUGUACAAAAGUAGAACAAAUAGAACUACUUUCUCACCUUCCUCUUCGUUCUCCCUCCCCCCAGGUAAGCUCUGCUUUAAGCAGGUAAAAUUGCAGUCCGCUUCACUGAAGGCAGUGGAGCUCCUCAGUGGCUCAGAGGGGCUUGAAAGCUUUGCUGCUACAAGCUUUUCUACUGUGGCUGUCUGUGGAGGGGCAGAGCUCCUUCCCACACUCCAGAAAGCUUCGUUUGUAUGAGAUAGCACCCAAAACCAUGCUCAGCUUCACGCAAAGCUAUUGCAACCCCAUCAUUUUGCCCAGCUUCACCUUUUUGUUUGUGUUUUCAGCAUCCCUGUAAUCGGCUGCCAGAUCUGCAGGCAGAGGGAAGGCCCUGAGGCCAAAGCAGAACUGUGUUAGAUUCCAAUUUAAUUUCUAAAAAAUUGUCUCAAAAAUACGCAUAAAUUCAAUUAACAUCCCAGACCUCACCACAUCCCAUCUCACUUUUGGCUGAAGUACCAAGAGAACUUCUGCUGAUGUUUUAGUCUGAUUAUUUUCAGAAGUUAAAUCCACCUCAUUUAUUGUGCUGGUUUUAUUCAAAGAGUUUUCCAAAUAAACAACAGACCAGGACUUUCUCUGGCGUUACAUGGCAGUGGCCCUUGGCACCAUUGCGACCCCAGAACAGGAUUACUGAGAGACAUCAGCAGAGCACCCACAAGGCAGGAGGUGCGAUGGUCUGAAGGGGUCCAGCAUGGGAAGGAAUAGCACUGGAGCAGGCUCUGUUCCUUCCUGGAGCUUUACCACUGGCGCUGCUGGGAGCUGUCAGGCCAGGGGUAAAGCCCAGUCCCAGCUGUAAUGCAGAUCUGCAAAGCACCUCAGAUACGCCUGCCAUUUCAUCCUAUGCCACACGUGGUUUCCAUUACGGGAUUCUGUCACAGCGUCUGUCUAGUUCAGUUGAUUCAUUUGGGUUUCUGUGUUCUAACCUAACAUUUACCAAUAUGCAGCUCCUACGGAGUUCCUCAUUGUUAUUUCAUGGGGAAACAGCAUGGCACAAAUUGGAAAAAAAUGUCUUCCCCCCCUGUGCCAUUUGAUGGUGUACAGCUGUUCCAGAGUUUUCCCUUCUCUUUUCUGUAUGUUUUUGCCUUUGUGUUAUUUGGUCUGUGAAGCGUCAGUAUUAUUUUAUUUUGCUUUUCAAUAAAACAUUUUCACUUU